AUGAAAGUUCCUUAUGGAUAUUUUGACUUACGCGUAGAACGAGUUAAUGAUCACAUUAUCAAUACUUUCAUUGAAUAUGGGUACACUUUGAUUGCUGUAAAUACUACAGUUAACUGUUCAUUACUAGGUGUUGGAAAUUCUAAUAGAAAAAAAAGAAAAGUUGAUGAAUGUAAUGUUGAAAACAAAGAAGAAAAUGAUUGGGUGCCAACUCCCAAGUUAAUAAAUCAUGAUAAUUUCAAAUUGAAAAUAGUUAAUCGAUUGACAGUACAAAUAUCAAAUAUUGGACAGCUGCACAGAAUUUCCACUUCUCAACAUUUGAAAUCGUAUAAUAUUCUUGCAGUAGAACCAUUAAAUGAUCAAGUUUUUCAGGAUAUAGUGACUUCUUCAUCGACUUCAUCUAUUGACAUAAUAACUUGUAAUACAAAAAUAUCUAUAACUCCAAAGCAAUAUACAAUUGCAACGGAAAAAAACAUAUAUUUUGAAGUAUCUUACGCACCUAUGUUGGCUAAUUAUAUUGCUUGUCAAGAUACUUUAAGUUUGGCUCAUCUUUUUCACAUGAAAGGAAAAUCAAAAAAUGUAAUUGUUUCGAGUGGUGCAGUUAAUAAAUUAGACAUACGUAAUCCUCAUGAUGUGAUGAAUUUAGGUAUAUUACUAGGUCUUUCAAGGAAACAGUCAAAAGAAUCAAUCACUCAAGGAUGUUAUUCCAUUAUAUUACAAAGAUGUAUGAAAAAAAAAAAUGAUAAGUCUGCAUUUAACACGCAACCAAGAAAAAUAACAUCAUAA